AUGUCAUCAUCGUCGAGUUCAUCAUCGGCCAAAACGAAACGAUCCGCUCGACGCUGUCUAUUUGGCCGUGCCGAUCCGGCACUUACUCAGCAAUGGCUCAGCGAACGACUGGAAGAGAUUCGAAACAAGGAACAAGCCAAAUGGGGAUUUAAUUUCUCAUGCGAAACGCCCAUUCCUGGGACAUCUGAGUACGAGUUCACCCCUAUCGGGGAAGACAGUGUUCCUGAGUUCUACAGGACAAAACACAUCUCAUCGGUUUCAUCGACAGUCAGUUCGCCGACUAAAGAAAACCAAAUUGAGCUGUGCAAUUCGGAUGAUUCGGAUUCGUCGAUGAUGGACAUCUGUAUGAGUCCGAUCACACCAGCUAAACGUGAACAUGCUACACCAAAGAAACGCCAUGGGAAAGUCACGGACUACAUGGUCGUUCGUAAGAAGCGCCUUCAACAUUCACCAAAACGAUUGGAUAUCGUACUUCCUGAGAGUGGACGUCUAGUGACUCGUGUCUGA